CGGGCUGGAGCUGCUUUGCUGGCUCCUCUCGCAGCCCCUCCUUGCGGCUCGGAGUCUCCACCUCCCCGGAGCGUUGGUGACCCGCCUGCUUUUUCCCCUUCCUCUCUUCUCUGCUAGCGAUCUUCGGUCGGGAAAGCUUCCUGCCUGGCGACUCGGUCUAACUUCAGCCUCGGCUUUCGGCGCGUGAUCUGGCGGAGGGCUUUGGCUUUGGCUUUGGCUUGGCCGCCGGCUGCAGCCGCGCUUUGAGAAACCGGAAAACUCCGGUUUCUUGGUUACUCCAUAUCCUGGCAAAGAUGAGAGAGUCCCAAUCUCUAGCGCCCCAAGCAUGAGCGUCUCAGAAUAUUCAAUGAGGCAGUUGCCUGCAACUUUAAUCAAUGCUUCCCAUAUUUUGGAUGACUGGAAUAACAUGGCAGAAACACCUGCUGAUGCUUCUCCCCUCCUGAAGACUGGAGUGCUGAACAACGCCAACAACAAUGCCUCCUCGGUGGCCUGGAGAGGCCUAAGGAGUCCUUCCCUUUCUUCUGCUGCCUCUCAUUCCAAACUAAGCUAUCUGGAGUGUGUUGUCUUGGAGAUUGUGGAAUCAGAACGCAUGUAUGUGCAGGAUUUACGAAGCAUCAUAGAGAAUUACUUGGGGAAGAUCAUAGACACUCAGGAGCUGUUGUUGCGGCCAGAACAAGUCAGCGCACUCUUUGGGAACAUUGAAGACAUCUAUGAGCUGAAUAGUGAACUACUGCAGGACCUGGAUAGUUGCCACAAUGACCCCGUUGCUGUGGCACAGUGUUUUGUGCACAGGAGCCAAGACUUUAACAUCUAUACUCAGUACUGCAAUAACUAUCCAAACUCCGUGGCAGCUCUGACUGAAUGUAUGAGGAACAAACAAUUGGCCAAAUUCUUUCGUGAGAGGCAGGAGCAAAUCAGGCACUCCUUGCCCCUUGGCUCCUAUCUUCUCAAGCCAGUCCAGCGCAUUCUCAAAUAUCACCUACUCCUCCAGGAGAUAGCAAAGCACUUUGACAGAGAAGGAGACGGCUAUGAAGUGGUGGAAGAGGCAAUUGCCACCAUGACCUGUGUGGCUUGGUACAUCAAUGACAUGAAGCGGAAGCAUGAGCAUGCCGUGCGGCUGCAGGAAAUCCAGUCAUUACUUAUUAAUUGGAAGGGCCCAGACCUGACAACUUAUGGUGAGCUGGUCCUAGAAGGCACAUUCCGUGUACAUCGUGUCAGGAAUGAGAGAACGUUCUUCCUUUUGGACAGAAUCUUGCUGAUAACAAAGAAACGGGGUGAUCACUACAUAUACAAAAGCCACAUUCCAUGUUCCUCUCUGAUGCUGAUUGAGAGCACGCGGGACUCACUUUGCUUCACUAUCACCCACUACAAGCACAGCAAGCAGCAGUAUAACAUUCAGGCCAAAUCAGUGGAGGAGAAGCGGGUUUGGACUCACCAUCUCAAGCGCCUGAUCUUAGAAAAUCACCAUGCCAUAAUUCCUCAGAAAGCCAAAGAAGCCAUCUUGGAAAUGGACUCAUUCUAUCCUCCUCACUUCAAAUACAGUCCUGAGCGCUUGAAGAAGUCUUUAUCAUGUCAACAGUCUGAAGACAUUCUUCAACGGAAUCGGUCAGGACGCCGACAAUCAGAACCUUACUAUGGCAGAAACAGUGCUGAGAAGCUCUGGGAUGGUCUCCAUAGCUCUACAGCUGCAGCAGGUCUUAAAGGUCGCAGAAAAUCGGAGCCAACAAAACAGAUCCUCAAGCAACUGAGUGACAAAGUAGGACUAAAGCAUGCAGAUAGUGAUGGAGCCCUUCUGGAGUUCGGGGAACCCCCACAGAUCCCCAAGAGCUUACCCCAAGAGGAGGAUCGGCAGACCCUUCCUCAGGAAUCUCCAGAAGAAAUGGCUGAAAGUGAUGGCAGUGAGAAGGAGACAGGGCCUGAGGAAGAGAAUGAUGCUGAGGAAGAAGAGGAAGAGGAAGAAGAGGAGGAGGAGGAGGAGGAAGAGGAGGAGAGGCUGGUAGGAAUGGAGCAGGUGUCAGACUUUGCAAGCUCCUUGAUGGCAGUCCUCCAUUGCUGGCACUAUCGGGCCAACACUUUGCUUUUCUCCUGGGGCAGCACGGGCAAGGGCCACAAGACACAGGAAGGACCCAAAGAAGACCACUCUUCCAGCAUCAGAGAGAGAAACAGGAUUGUGGAGACUGUAUCAUCUGUGCCAAAGGUUCGAUCACCCAUUGAACUUGACAAGAUGUUAGACAUUUCUUCUCAUACAGAAGUGCAUCUGGAAGAGAAUCCUCUGCAACCAGAUCUAGAUCACCAUGGGCUCCUGGACCAAGUUUCAGAUAGUUUGGAGUCUGCUGAAAAUGUAGAAGAGCUGAAGCCACUGAGCAGUGAAGAGGAAGAGGAAGAGGAUGGUCAUGCACCCCAGUCCAGCAGCAUCCUCCCUUUUUCUGUGCUAGAUCAGGCCAGUAUCAUUGCGGAGCGCUUUGCCAGCAGCCUGUCCCGUCGCAACAGCUUGGUUCACGAGGAAGGGAAGGGCUACCUCACACCAAAGAUGGCCAGCCGGAGCAGCAGCAUUCUGAGCUUGGAUGGGGGUGAAAAGGCUGUAUGUUGCAACAGUGGCACUACUGUGGACUCCCAGAGUUGCAGCCUCCUGCAAGAGUCCUCUGCUGAACCUGUCAAUGCUUGCAGCAGUGCAGUGCGGUCUGGUCUGGUUGAGCCCGACCAUACUUCUUGUCGACGGAAGGAGUCAAUGCUGUCCCAGCAGGACCGGCUGCUGCUGGACAAGAUCAAGAGUUACUAUGAUUAUGCUGAGCAUCAGGAUGCUAACUUCAGUGUCAGGCGGAGAGAGAGCCUGUCUUUCAUCCCCAAAGGGCUGGUGAGAAAUUCUGUUUUCCGGAUAAAUAGUCUUCCCCAGUCAGAGCCUGGCCUGGAGGUGCUGAAGAGGAAUAGACUGGGUCCUUUGGACAGUAGUGUAGCAGGACGGACAGGAUCCUUGGUGCUUUCAAAUAGGCCUCCUGUUGCACUCCACUCUCCCCAUUUGGAGACAGCCAGUGAGGAACAUCCAGUGCCUAUCACUGAAGCAGAGUUCAGGUCACCUAGUGAGAUGAUUAAAGUCUGGGAGGAGAUGGAGCAACCAAGGAGCAAUCACUGGAGCAGGAGGACUGAAGACUGUAGGGGGCACAAAGCAAACGGAGGCAUUUCCCUCUGCCAGACUGAGUCUUAUUUGAAAGACAGACUCAGAAAUCAGGAGAAUGGCUUUGACCUUCAUGAACCACUUCUUAUCCUGGAGGAUGAGGAUCUUGGGGACAUAGUAGAGGAGGAGCUAGUGGUGCCCUCUCCUGACAACAAGUCCCCUGUGGAGCAGACUAUGCCAUCCAGAUUACCCUGGAAGGUAGCACAGGAAUUAGGGAGUUGUGAUCAAGGUCAGAGUUUCCCUCAGAUGCACCCUCAUAUAAUGCAGCUGGCUCAACUAACCGAGGCUGAGUUGACAGAGAAGGUGAAGAACAAAGUCUACCAGCUGGCCCGCCAAUACAGCCUUCGAAUCAAGAGCCAAAAACCAACAAUGCCCAGGCGACUUGCUGAAGUGGAGGAGGAGAUGAAGAGAAAUACCUUGACUGCCCAACAGGGAGCGGUUAAGAGAGACAAAGGCCAAAAGAAGUCUACUUUGUGUCUCCCCAACUAUGAACAAAUUGUGCUUCAGGAGGCUAGUUCGCUGGGACUGCUUUCCUCUUCCUCAACAUGUCAGAAGUCACCCAAGCGCUUCUCUUUCAGCUCUAGCUCCAUCAGCCCCCAACUAUCCUCCCCCACCAGCACCUGCACCCUCUCCAACAGUCCUCUCAGCCCCAUCAUGACUGAGAAAUUCAACUGGCCUGAUGUGCGGGAGUUGAGGUCCAGGUAUUCCUGUCAGGUGGCGCUUGAGAAGUGCAGACCCCCACUAGUCAACAGAAGUUGCUCAGCACCUGAGAAAAUGGUAGAUGAUGGUCAGAUGCAGGUAGGAUUCCAGUGCUCAAAGGGACUUGCAAAAACAGAUGUAAAAAGCCAGCAAUGGGAGAAGCAGAGCUGCAGGAGAAAGGCCUCUCUUGAUUCCAUCCCCCAGGAACUUGUUUGUGACACUCAAAAGGAAUUGUGUGUCACAGCAGAGGCCUCUUUGGAGAGCAACCAACAUGUGAUUGUCAUGGAGAAGUUGCCCAAGGGGACUAAUAAAGCUGAUGAAAGAGAUUCACUCCCUUCAGCCCAAGAGAAGCUUUCUCUCAAAGCAUUGGUGGAGCGGUACAAGUCUUAUCAGGACUCAGAAGAAUGUCACAGGCAUGAUGAUGAUGAUGUUCAGGAAGUGUGGUGGGAGAAAACAGCUGGCAGCCAGCACAACCUAGUAAAAAACCUAAGGGAGAAAUUUCAGACCCUUAAUUCUACCAGCUGAACAUCUGCAUUUCUUACUCCCAUGCCUUAGGUUUUCAUAUCUCUGUCUCUCCUUUGUGGAUUACCAUUCAGAAUUCUCUUUGCCUGUUGUUCCUCAUCAUGCAUGAAAUUUCUGGGAGGUUGCAACUGCCUUCAAGAAGCUGAGAAGUUUUUUUUUUUAAAUGCUCUCUUUAAACAUCCGUGAACUUGAACCUGGAUCUGACUUGCUGCUGACACUCCACCUGGCAGCAUUAUUGGGCAGAAUUCUUAAUACAUCUAGAAAAAUCAGGGAGUUUCCAGUCAGAGCAGAAACAAUACGGAUCGAUCUCCCUUUGGGCAUGUUCCUCCCUUCAGGAACAGGCAUAUUUGGGAAUUCUUGCUUUGUCAAGCCAGAGCAAGAUGAACAUUGCUCAGUCUCUUAGGAAAAUAAGUUAUUGUUCUAAGUCCUUGUUUUUAAAAGAAUGUAAUUUUACUAUGGCUUUGGUUGAUUCCAGGCCUCCCAGCUUGAGAAUAGGCAACCUAAUACUAUUUGUGUACAUAUCUGAAUCUGUAUGCACUGUGCAAUAACCACUUUUGACCAGCGAA